AUGACCAUAUCGGCGGACCAGCUUCGCGCGCUCCAGAUCGUCGAGCGAACUGCGUCGUCGCUGUCGGUCGUGGGCAUCGCGACGAUUAUAAUCACCUUCUUCUCCUCCCGAUACUUCCGCAACCCCAUCGACCGGCUGAUCCUGAUCAAUGCCUUUUACAACGCCUUCGACGUCACAGCCACGAUGAUCUCGCUGAGCGGGCCGGCAGCAGGCAACGGCUCGGCCCUGUGCCAGUUCCAGGGAUUCCUGAUGCAAAUGUUCCCGCUGGCCGACGUGCUGUGGACGCUGGCCAUGGCCAUCGAUGUCUUUUUGAUUGUAUAUUACCAGUACGAUGCCAACGCUCUGCGGCGACUGGAAAUUAAGUACAUUGGCGCCAUCACAGCAAUCACCUUUACGCCCGCGUUUGUGUUUCUCUUUAUCCACACCGCCGAGAAGGGGCACUUGUACGGUAGUGUGACGUUGUGGUGUGCCAUUGCGCCAAAAUGGGUAAUGUUCCGCAUCAUAUUUUAUUAUGCGCCAAUAUGGAUCAUCAUAGGUAUCGUCUUCAUCCUCUAUUGCAUGGUCGGCUGGAAGAUUGUCAAAGGCAAACGGGCCCUCCGGUCUAUCGAGAGCGACAUCAUCCCGCUCGACCUCCAACAAACGGUCGAGAAGGACGACGACGACAACACCACCGAGAGCACUCAGAACACCAAGAGCACGGAGGGCGCAGAGGGCACUGCCAGAAACGCCAUUGGCCUCGCCGUGUCGUCGUCCACGCGAACCCUAGGCCCACACACGAGCAUGCACGGCGGCAUGGCUGCCUCGGCACCAACGACCAAAGGACACACCGUCAAGGCGUGGUCCCGCGACGGCACCGAGUCCAUAUCGCCGCUGCGGCCAGUCGACGAUUUUGGCAGCAGCCCAGACCAGUCGGGCAGCGCCAGUUUCAGCAUGAGCCCGAGCCUCAGCAGCCACAAGUGGCAGGCCAACCGGUCGGCCCUGUCGCUGCGGCAGUACCUGCUGAUGCCCGUCAUGUUCUUUGUGGUGCUCAUGGCCAUCUGGGUCGCGCCCACGACGAACCGCCUGCUGUCGUUUGUGGAGCCCUCGUUUGUGUCGUUCCCGCUGUACAUUGCCGUCGGCGCAACAGGGUCGCUGCGCGGGUUCUGGAACGGCUGCGUGUUCUUGGCCGUGGGGUUACGGUCGCGGCAGAGCCAGCGCCGGCUCGAGGCCGUGCGGCCAGGGCAUUAUAGAUGA